AGUCUCUUUGGAAACUUCUGCCGGGGGGAAAAGAGCUAGGAAAGAGGGGCAAAUCGGUGUGGGGUUUUUUUCUCUUUUCUUGCUUCUUUGAAUUACCCCCUCUUCCGUUUGCACCCUUCUUCGAGCUUCACGCAGAACCUGCGGAUUUCGAAGAGGUGCUGGCAGAGUGGGAGCAAAGAGGUGUUAGGGUUUGGGAUUUGGGGGCUUUUUUUUAAAUUUCUUGAUUUCUACGUUUUCCCCCACUCUCGCGGCCACCGCCGCCGCCUCUUACCUGUUCCUCGGCAGCCGCGCGCUGCAGGCAGCUGAAGGUUAGAAAGGAGCAGGGUGCAUUUUAGAUCUUAAACAAAAUUUUUGAAGACAGACCCGUUCUUUUUCUCCCCCCACCCCCUUCUCCUCCACAGCCUCCGAGCUCAUUAUUCCGGUGGUUGCUUCGGGGUGAACAAUUUUUGGCUUUUUCCUCCCUGUAAUUCUGAGCAGGUCUGGCCGGGGGGGUUGUUUCUCCGGCUUCCACUCCCUCCGCGUGCACCUGGCGCUGCUCUUUCCCCCCCAACCUGUUGCAAGUCCUUUAAUCCUUGCAAUUGGGACUUGCUUGCAGGCACCUCAGCCCUCCAUCUCUCCCUACGUUUUGCAAUUGUCUGGGGGAGGGCACCUGCUCUACCUGCCAGAAAAAAAAUUUUUUUAAUUUCUCCGGGCGCCCUCUUGGUCCCUUUCUCCCUACACGCUCGCUCUCGUGCCCCGCCCCAAGGUAAAGGGGAAGACUCGGAGAAGAUGGUGCUCACCGCGGUCCUCCUGCUGCUGGCCUCCUGUGCGGGGCCGGCCCAGGGCCUGGGCUCCUUCGUGCACUGCGAGCCCUGCGACGAGAAAGCCCUCUCCAUGUGCCCCCCCAGCCCCCUGGGCUGCGAGCUGGUGAAAGAGCCGGGCUGCGGUUGCUGCAUGACUUGCGCCCUGGCCGAGGGGCAGUCGUGCGGCGUCUACACUGAGCGCUGCGCCCAGGGGCUUCGCUGCCUCCCCCGGCAGGACGAGGAGAAGCCGCUGCACGCCCUGCUGCACGGCCGCGGGGUUUGCCUCAACGAAAAGAGCUACCGCGAGCAAGCCAAGAUCGAGAGAGACUCCCGUGAGCACGAGGAGCCAACCACCUCCGAGAUGGCAGAGGAGACCUACUCACCCAAGAUCUUCCGGCCCAAGCAUACCCGCAUCUCCGAGCUGAAGGCCGAGGCCGUGAAGAAGGACCGCAGAAAGAAGCUGACCCAGUCCAAGUUUGUGGGGGGCGCUGAGAACACUGCCCAUCCCCGGGUCAUCUCUGCACCUGAGAUGAGACAGGAAUCUGAGCAGGGCCCCUGCCGUAGACACAUGGAAGCUUCCCUGCAGGAGCUCAAAGCCAGCCCGCGCAUGGUGCCUCGUGCCGUGUACCUGCCCAACUGUGACCGCAAAGGAUUCUACAAGAGAAAGCAGUGCAAGCCUUCCCGUGGCCGCAAACGUGGCAUCUGCUGGUGCGUGGACAAGUACGGGAUGAAGCUGCCAGGCAUGGAGUAUGUCGAUGGGGACUUUCAGUGCCACACCUUCGACAGCAGCAACGUUGAGUGACGCGUCCCCUCCCCGUCCUUCCCCCGCCCCCUCCCACCCCCAGCCCCGACUCCAGCCAGCACCUCCCUCCACCCCAGGACGCCACUCAUUUCAUCUCAUUUAAGGGAAAAAACAUACAUAUAUCUAUCUAUUUGAGGAAACUGAGGACCUCGGAAUCUCUAGUAAGGUCUCAACUUUCAAACCGGCAACAGCAGAGAUGCAAACAGCUAAGGAGACCCCCCUUGAAAAUGGUUUUCUUUUUGAGGCAAGUUGAAUGGACAGGGAGGGAAGGGAGGAGGAACAUGAGAGAGAGAGAGAGAGAGAGAGAGAAGGGACACGUGUAGAGGAGAGGGGGAGACAAACCGAGUUUCGAAGAAGGAAAGAAGAAUGUGGGCAGGAAGGAAAGAUCCCUGGGACCAUGGCUGGACCCACCUUGUCGUGUCCAGCCCUGGCCUGAGUUGGGAGAUGUUUGGGCACUGGAAGGUAUGGCCCAAGGUGUGGCAUUCUGUGGCACCCUUGAGGUUUUUGGUGGACUGGUCGCAGGGGGAGAAAGGAAACGACGGAAGGGGUCAGUGCCUCUCCUGGACCUAUCUCCACCUCCAGCCAGCAAGCUGCCCGGCUUGACCCCGCCCCUCCUCCCCCUCCCCCGGCAGAGGGUUCUCCCUCCCCAAAACUUACGAAAACUAAAAUGCAUUCCAUUCCUCUCAAGACAAAGCAAAUGAAUAACCGAGUGCUAUUAGAUAGAUAGGUUUUCCGAAGCAGAU